CCUAACGGCAAAAUGGCUCGCGUAGCUUUUGUAGCAGCUGUUGCUUCUGUCUUCGUGGCCGCAGCUCUCGCCAGCGAGUUCACCAGCCCAAAUGUCGUCCAUCUGACUUCCAAGGACUACGAGGAGAAGACUGGUGACGGCAAGGUCUACUUCAUUAAGUACUACGCUCCUUGGUGCGGGCACUGCAAGCGCCUGGCUGGCACCUGGAAGGAGCUGGGUGAUGAGUUCAAGGGCAGCUCCAGCAUCGCCAUCGCCCACGUGGAUUGCACCACGGACCGCGACAUCUGCCAGUCUGCUCAGAUCAAGGGCUACCCCACACUCAAGCUGGUGUACAAGGGCGAGGAGCUCAAGGCCUACCGCGGCCCCCGCGACAAGGACAGCCUGAAGGCCUUCGUGGAGGAGGCGGCGCGCGAGGUCACCACCGAGGCCGCGUGAGAAGGCAUGGAGGGAUGGGGCAGGAGGCACUAAUGAGGCAGGCGGCAGCGGAAGCGGCAACUGGGGCAGCGGCAGGCAGGGGCCGCAGAAAGCGAUGGCGGCCUCAGCAGUAGCAGCAGUAGAGCACUCGGGCCUGGCCGAGCAACACGUGCGAAACAGUGCCGGCCUCGUGUAAGAGGCAGCAGUUCUACAGCGGCUCCCAGUCGAGAACACACGGACCGCGGUGUCGUAGGCUGUGGGGCGCGGGUGUGUUUCUUACAAAAAAUGACUACAUGCCACAUGACAUGACACGAACCGCUUAUGCUGAGCACUAGGGAGUAGCGGCUGCGUGCAGGCGGGAGGGUGUGGAGGGCGUGCGACGGGCGCUACCUCUUGCACCGGGAUGUGUAUGUGGUCCAUGGGUUUCAUAGGUGCGGGGGUUUCAUUGGCGUUCAGGCCAGACUGGUUGUCUCGUCUCCCCUUGCUGGCCGGACAUCCGUUGCAUGAGGGUGCAGGAAGGGAGCCGUGAAGUGGGA